CCACCAACAUUUCCGCCUUCCUAUUUUUUGCUUCCGCGAGAGAAAGUUUUGCACGAUUUACACAUUUUAUUAAUUCAACAGCGAGAUUUCUUUAAACAGCAAAAUCUACAACAAUGUCAGACCGGGGUUCCUUCGACACUAAUGUUGUGACUUUGACCAGAUUUCUGCUUGAAGAGGGCAGAAAAGCUAAAGGCACAGGCGAGCUGACAACACUUCUGAACGCGAUGUGCACUGCUGUCAAAGCCAUAUCCAGCGCCGUCAGGAAAGCAGGCAUCGCGCAUCUGUAUGGGAUUGCUGGAAGUACCAAUGUGACGGGUGACCAGGUUAAAAAGCUGGACAUCCUUUCCAAUGACCUGGUCAUAAACAUGAUCAAAUCCUCAUUCACAUCAUGUGUGCUGGUCACUGAAGAACAUGACAGCGCCAUCGUUGUGGAGCCGGAUAGACGGGGUAAAUAUGUGGUUUGCUUUGACCCUCUUGAUGGCUCAUCCAACAUUGACUGCCUUGCUUCAAUCGGGACCAUCUUUGCCAUCUACAGAAAGUGCACUGACAGCGAGCCGUCAGAGAAAGACGCACUGCAGCCUGGCAGGAACAUAGUGGCUGCUGGAUACGCACUGUAUGGCAGUGCCACCAUGAUCGUCCUCUCCACCGGUCAGGGGGUGAACUGCUUCAUGUUAGAUCCAGCUAUUGGGGAGUUCAUUCUGGUGGACAGAGAUGUGAAGAUUAAGAAGAAAGGGAAGAUCUACAGUCUGAAUGAAGGUUAUGCCCUUUAUUUUGACCCUGCUGUCACAGAGUACCUGCAGAAGAAAAAGUUUCCAGAGGAUGGCGGUGCGCCCUACGGAGCCCGUUAUGUAGGCUCAAUGGUGGCAGACGUGCAUCGGACGCUGGUUUACGGAGGAAUCUUCCUUUACCCUGCAAAUGUGAAGAGCCCCAAAGGAAAGCUCAGACUGCUGUAUGAGUGCAACCCCAUGGCUUUCAUCAUGGAGCAGGCCGGAGGAAUGGCCACCACAGGCACCACCAACAUCCUGGACAUCCAGCCGGAGAACAUCCAUCAGCGGGUGCCAGUGGUGAUGGGAUCCCCUGAUGACGUCCAAGAGUACAUCUCCAUCUUCCAGAAACACAACAAAUGAAGAUCAGUAUUCAGAAUGUACAUCACACUCAAAGACUUAUAAAGAAGAUGUGAAACACUUGACACUCCAGAUUAAGAUUCCAAAAUUACAUUCUUACAUUCAAAAUACCUCUGUUACAUAGAGAUAAUAAACCCAAAUGAUUUUAUACAUUUUUUAUACUGUACAUCCACAGAAAAAUAUGAGAAGUAUUUUAAAGGACGUGGACUUAAGUGGUAAUUGCUUAUAGCAGAAAACUUGACAUCAGGACUAUUUUCUACAUUAUCUCUGUGAGCAUCAUUGGCAGCUGAAAUGGUUCAUGGCCAAAAACACAGUUAUGAGAAAGAUUUACAUUGAAGAUCUUGUUUGUGUCACUGCAGACCAAAUAAUCAAAUGUGCCUUAAUUUUACGCUGUUGAAGGAAGCUGUGAAUAAAGAUCUUGGCAAAACAA